AUGAAACAACAAAUGCUCGACCGCUUUGGACGGAUCCAUACGAAUCUUAGGAUCUCGGUUACAGAUGUGUGUAACUUCCGUUGCAUCUACUGUAUGCCAGAAGACAUGACCUUUAUGCCAGACGCGGCACUGAUGACGUUCGAUGAGAUUCUGCAUCUCGCCCGCAUUUUCGUCGCGUUGGGUGCUAACAAAGUUCGCAUUACCGGCGGCGAGCCGCUUGUGCGUCCCGGUGUGCCUGCGCUCAUAAGGCAAUUGACGCAGCUGGAAGGGCUCAAAGACAUCAGUUUGACAACAAACGGCAUCGGGCUUAUCAAACAAGCACAAGCACUUUACGAUGCCGGACUCCGCCGUAUCAAUGUCAGUCUGGAUACGCUCAAUGAAGAGAAGUUCGAGCAAAUGACGCGCCGGAAGGUGCUCUCACGCGUGCUUGAGGGGCUUAAAGCAGCGCACAAAUGCGGUUUCAACCCGAUUAAAAUCAACGCUGUCGCAAUGCGCGGUUUUACCGAUGAUGAGAUUGUUGAUUUAGCCACCUUCGCACGACAAAAUGAUUAUCAACUCCGAUUCAUCGAAUUUAUGCCGCUUGAUGCCGAUGAUGUGUGGGGACGUAACAUGUACAUCCCCGGAAAAGAGAUUAUCGGAAAAAUUAACGCCGUCUAUCCACUCACACCGGUAACCCAGAACGGCGAGGCAAAGAGCGACACCGCGCAACGUUAUCGUUUCUCGGAUAGCGAAAACGAGGUAGGGGUCAUAUCCUCCGUGAGUGAACCGUUUUGUGAAAACUGUAACCGAGUGCGUCUCACUGCUGAUGGAAAGCUUCGGACCUGUCUCUUCUCGCUAACGGAAACAGAUCUGCUUACGCCGCUGCGCGAAGGCGUAGCAGAUGAUGGAAUCGCUGAGUUAAUCCUCAAUGCGGUUGAACAAAAAGAGGCAGGGCAUAAGAUUAACGCAGCAGACUUCAUUAAACCAGAAAGAAAUAUGUCGAGAAUCGGCGGUUAA